AUGCCGCGUGUAUAUAAACCCGAUCCUACAAGGAAAAGGUAUAAAAAAUAUAGCAUAGAAAUCAUAAAAAAAGCUGUGGAAGAGUAUGCAUCUUCUCGGAAUUUAAAACUAGAAGAUGUUGCAAAAAAAUAUGGCAUUCACAAAUCGGUGUUGUAUCGCCACAGUACCCGGGAUAUGAAGCAACAUGGAGGCCAAAGAGCUUUAUCCGACGAAACAGAAAUGUUGUUAAUAGAGAACAUCAAUAAAUGCGCAGAAUGGGGUUAUCCCUUAGAUACAUUGGAUCUUAGGUACAUAGUCAAGAUGUAUCUUGAUAAGAUAGGCAUAAUCCAUAAGAGAUUCAAGGACAUUCCAGGACCUGAUUUUGUGCAGAGCUUUUUAUUAAGACACAAAAAUGAGAUUUCGCAAAGAGUUUGUGAAAAUAUCAAGCGUGUGAGAGCUAAGGUGUCUCCAGAUACGAUUAAAGAAUAUUUUAUCGAACUUGCGAAGUCUUUAAAUGGAGUACCUGCUUCUAACAUAUUAAACUACGAUGAAACGAAUUUAACGGACGACCCCGGGCGGAAGAAAAUAUUAAUCAAGCGGGGAUGCAAGUACCCUGAAAGGGUUCUGAACCAUACCAAGGCUUCCGUGUCUAUUAUGAUGGCUGGUACCGCAGAUGGCAAAAUGUUACCACCAUAUGUGGUAUAUAAAGCAACUCAUUUAUAUGAUUCUUGGAUUCAACAUGGCCCAGAAGGUACUCGAAAUAACAGGUCGACAUCUGGAUGGUUUGAAGGAACCACUUUUGAGGAUUGGGUGCAAAAUAUGGUCGUUCCAUAUUUUAAGGAUUUACCAGGCAGAAAGUGCUUAAUUGGAGACAAUUUGUCUUCACAUUUAUCAGCAGACUUGAUCCAAAUAUGUAAAACGCAUAACAUCGAUUUUGUGUUUUUACCAGCCAACUCAAUAAACACACAAUUCCAAAAGGUUGUUUUCCAAAACUAU